UGCAUCAUGCGGACGAGGAUUCGAAUUACUUAUGGUAGUUUAAACCAGUCGGUCGCGGCGCGCGGUUCUGAUCAGCUGUGAUCCAGGCGUCACGAGUCGCUCGAACUUCUUUGCUACCGGUCGCAAGUCGCAACACCGAUCCGCACUCGUCUCGAUCGUUCCUUUUUAUCUCGAUGAACGCCGGUCUCGGGGCUCGAGUGUCACUUCUUCGGCCAUCGCGCGCGGACCAGCUGCUGAUCUAGCGGAGAUUUGCGACUGAACAACGGAGGAUCGAUCGCCGCCGGGAUGAUCGACAGGAUGAUCGUGACGGUCCUUCUUGGACUGCUGGGACUCGCACACGGUUUACAAUGCCCGAAACAGAAAACAUCGCCAGGAAGAGAGGUCGUCUGUUAUACUUCCGUUUCGGACGUCGAACAACUGACCAAUGCAGUCUGCAGGUGCACCACGCUGGUGCAUCAAGGAUACGACGUGCGAAAUCUCUCGACUUCCGAUUUCGACGAUUUCCGGAAGUCACUGAAAGAGAUCAAGCCACCUCUUCAAUUCGUGAUUUCCGUCGCUGAUCCUGCGAAGACGUUGAACACUUCCGGCACCGUACGUCGGGAAACCGCCGCUCGUCUGCUUGAAAUCUUAAAAGACGUCGAUGGAUUAGAAUUGAACGCGACAGCAGGCACGAAGGAUCGAUUGGUGGACUUCGUGAAGAGCUUGAAGGACGGACUAACGAAUGCAUCCCUGGACAGAAGGAUCUUCCUUGUUCUACCAACGAACCCGGAGGAUCUGGCGAAACAAUUCGAUCUGAAGCGACUCUCGAAGUACGUGGAUCUAUUUACGAUCUCCACGCAUUACUUGGUCCAACCGGACGGCGACUAUCAUACGUUCCAUCCGUCGCGAUUGAUGGGACUGUUCGACACGUUCAACGCGGACAGCUUGAUCGAUUUUCUGACUGGACUUGGCGCACCUAAGAGAAAAAUCUUGGUAUCGGUGCCGGCGAGCGCUUACAAGUUUACUUUGAAGGAUCCGGAUAACAAUGCGCCGGGAUCUGAUGCCGAGGAAAAGCAGCCCGCUGUCAUCGAUCGGAAACAGUUUUGCAAUUCGAUGAGCAACGGCGAGUGGACAGUCGAGCGAGACGAAGACCUCACAGCACCUUAUGCAUUCAAGAAUAAGACGUGGAUCGCUCACGAAGACAAACUUUCGAUUACUAUUAAGGGAAAAUAUGUGCUGCUUCGCGAGCUACCAGGACUCGCCAUACACAACAUCGAAAACGACUUCGAAACGGACUGCGGGAAACCUCUAACUCACGAAAUUCAUCAUUCGUUCACCGACUUCAAGAGGAAGUCGAGGGCUGCUGUCUUGAGCUCUUUGGAAGACGAUUUGCAUCAAACACAAUUAACUUAUCCAACCAAAGUUAAGUCAUCCGAAUUUCGCGUGGUCCGCGUGGUGGACACAGAAGGACACAUAAGAGCAGUUCGUGAAAACACUCAGACUGAAUUCACCUGCUCGAGACAGGGCUACUUCGUUCAUCCGAAGAGUUGCAACAGAUUCUACCGAUGCGUCAAAUUCAAUCAAGAAGUGGAAGACUACUCGGUCUUCGAGUUCGACUGUCCAGCAGGACUAUCUUUCGACGAGCGCACAGAAGUUUGCGUCUGGCCAGGAUCGCUACCUCAAGGAUCUCCAUGUCCAGGAAGCAGCGAGAUUGCUCCCACAACUCGCAUAACGUUCGAGUGUCCUUCCACUCCAGGAUACUAUGCGAACCCGCAGAAUCCUCGCUGGUUCUUCGCUUGCAUGGACCUAGGAGGCCCAGAGAUGAUGGCAUACGAGUUCCGUUGUCCAUACGGAUUGAUCUUCGACGAGCACAAACUGAUCUGCGAGUGGCCAUGGCUGGUACCAGGAUACACUGGUGGCGAAUAUGCAAGCACAGUAUACGAUAACAGAGGCAGUACACAAAGUAGUGGCGGAUACUACACCGGUUCAUUGCCUCAUGGUGGCCAAGGUGGAGUGUAUACAGGAACAACUGCUGGUGUUGGGUAUACAGGAUCUGCGGGGACUGGAGGAUACUCAGGACACUCAGGAUUCUCUGGAGCAGCUGGUGUUGGUUAUACAGGAAGUGGGGGAUACACAGGUGCAGCAGGUACUGGAGGAUAUUCGGGAGCAACGGGAAGUGGAGGAUAUUCAGGAUCUGCGGGAGCUGGAGGACAUGCAGGAGUAACAGGAAGUGGAGGAUAUUCUGGAGCAACAGGCAGUAGAGGAUAUUCAGGAGGAGUAGGAACUGGAGGAUAUUCAGGAGGUGCGGGAAGUGGAGGAUACACGGGUGCAGCAGGUAGUGGAGGAUAUUCGGGAGCAACAGGAAGUGGAGGAUAUUCAGGAUCUGCGGGAGCUGGAGGACAUGCAGGAGCAACAGGAAGUGGAGGAUAUUCGGGACCUGCGGGAGCUGGAGGACAUGCAGGAGUAACAGGAAGUGGAGGAUAUUCUGGAGCAACAGGAAGUGGAGGAUAUUCUGGAGCAACAGGAAGUGGAGGAUAUUCAGGAUCUGUGGGAGCUGGAGGACAUGCAGGAGUAACAGGAAGUGGAGGAUAUUCGGGACCUGCGGGAGCUGGAGGACAUGCAGGAGUAACAGGAAGUGGAGGAUAUUCUGGAGCAACAGGCAGUGGAGGAUAUUCAGGAGGAGCAGGAAGUGGAGGAUAUUCAGGAGGAGCAGGAAGUGGAGGAUAUUCAGGAGCAACAGGAAGUGGAGCGUAUUCAGGAUCUACGGGAGCUGGAGGACACGCAGGAGCAACAGGAACUGGAGGAUAUUCAGGACCUGCAGGAGCUGGAGGACACACAGGAACAACAGUAACUGGAGGAUACUCUGGAGCAACAGGCAGUGGUGGAUAUUCUGGAGGAGCAGGAACUGGAGGAUAUUCAGGACCUGCAGGAGCUGGAGGACACGCAGGAACAACAGGAAGCGGAGGAUAUUCUGGAGGAGCAGGAACUGGAGGAUAUUCAGGAUCUGCAGGAGCUGGAGGACACGUAGGAACAUCAGUAACUGGAGGAUACUCUGGAGCAACAGGCAGUGGUGGAUAUCCAGGAUCAGCGGGAGCUGGAGGCCACUUAGGACAGUCAGGAUUCUCUGGAGCUGGUGGAUACACAGGAUCAACCAUUGGUGGUCAUGGAUCUUCAUUCGGUCAGGAAUCGACUGGAUACACUGGAACAACUGGAUAUGUUGGAUCGAAAGGCAUUGGAAUUGGAGGGAGCUACUCUGGAACUACUCCGGGUGGUUACAGUGGGUCUGGUGGAAUCUACGGAGGCUCAACUGGUACAGGAUACACUGGUUAUUCUGGAUCAACGAAUGAACACACUGGAUCGGACUUGGAGUACACUGGAGCAACUGGCACUGGCAAAGUGUCUGUUGGUUCAGGUUAUGCUGGUAAGGGAACCACUGUGCAUUCUGGGACUAGCGGAAUUUAUAGUGGAUCAGCUGGCACUGGUUAUACAAGAUCAGAUCAAUUUGGACAAUCUGGAUACACUGGUGGUGUCACAACUACUGGAGGAUAUGAAGAAUCUACUAGCGGAGGAUAUGCCGGAUCGACAGGCAAUGUCCAUGGUGGACCUGGUGGUGUAGGAUUUGAAGGAUCUACUGGAGGAUAUUCUGGAGCAACAGGUACUGUUCAUGGUGGAGCUGGAACUGGAGGCUAUAAAGGAUCCAUUGGUGGAGGAUAUGGUGGAUCCACUGGAACAGGAUAUUCUGGAUCAACUACUACCAUCCAUGGUGGAGCUGGAGGGUAUAAGGGAACCAUUGGUGGAGGAUCGGGAGGUGUAACUAUUGGAGGAUAUCCUGGAUCAACAGUUACCAUUCAUGGUGGAGCUGGAGGGUAUGAAGGAACCGUUGGUGGAGGUGCUGGAGGAGUUACUGGCGGAGGAUAUGCUGGAUCAACCAUUCAUGGUGGAGCUGGAGGGUACGAAGGAACCGUUGGUGGAGGUGCUGGAGGAGUUACUGGCGGAGGAUAUGCUGGAUCAACCAUUCAUGGUGGAGCUGGAGGGUACGAAGGAACCGUUGGUGGAGGUGCUGGAGGAGUUACUGGCGGAGGAUAUGCUGGAUCAACCAUUCAUGGUGGAGCUGGAGGGUACGAAGGAACCGUUGGUGGAGGUGCUGGAGGAGUUACUGGCGGAGGAUAUGCUGGAUCAACCAUUCAUGGUGGAGCUGGAGGGUACGAAGGAACCAUUGGUGGAGGUGCUGGAGGAGUUACUAGCGGAGGAUACGGAGGAUCCACUGGUGGAGGAUCCACUGGAGGAAAAGACAUUGUCCAUGGUGGAUCAGGAGCAGGAGGAUACGAAGGAACCGGUGGAUAUACUGGAUCAACAAGCACUCAUAUCGGAUCCGGUGGAUUCACUAGUGGCGGAUAUGCAGGAUCAUCGACUGGCGCACAUGGCGGUAUCGGUUAUGCUGGGACUACAGCUGGAGGAUACGAAGGGGGAACUAGUGGGGGUCAUGCUGGCGGAAUCGGAACAGGAUUUUCAACAGGAAGUUACGCAACUUCAGGAAUCAAAGGCGGACAGACCGGUUCCUCUAGCGUUCAGUUCACCGUACCAGGAACUCAAUACACUGGAUCCAAUUUUGGAGGCUCUCAGACUGGAACUGGCCAAACUAUUAUUUAUGGCACUCGACAUCCGCAGCCUGGAAUCUACGAUACUGCGGGUACUAUAGGUGGAGGAAUAGGAUACACUGGCGGAGUUCAAGGACAUACAUCUGGAACGAGCUACGAUCAGAAAUCCGACAAGCCCACUGUCAACUGCAUCACCAAUUGCGUCAGUACAGCACAACUGCCAGGACAAAUCUACACAACAGGCGGUUAUGGAGGAUCUAGUGGCGUAUUCCAAGGACAGAAGGGAGUUACAACAACGUACUUCGGUAGCACCGGUAGUCAAGGAUACGAUCAAGGUAUUGUCGGUACUGGGACCACAGUUUACCAAGGAGGCAGUGGAUAUACCGGCGGCUAUUAUGGUCCUGGAAGCACUGGUGGCUUAAACCUAACUUACCACGUGUUUGGCAAGCCGUCCGUUGAUUACGGAGUCACAGGAACGCCAGGAACUAUUUUAACGGGAAGCAACAUCCCAGGAUCGGUUAUCACGGGAGACUCUUCUCCAGGAACCGUGAUCGCCUACGGAGAAACUCCUGGCACAAUCAUUUCAGGAUCCGUGGAUCAAGGUACCAUAGUGACUGGAGGUGUCCAACCGGGAUACGUCAAAACUAGUACAGGCACACCUGGCUACGUAGUCGGUGGAGGAGUCAAGACAGUAUACACUGGCCCUGGUGGUCCUGGAACUGCGGUGUAUGGAACCCCUGGACCUGGUGUCGUCUUGACAGGAACACAAGCGCCUGGAACUAUCUUGAAAGGACAACCUACCCCUGGAAUAGUCUUUACAGGACAAACGGCACCAGGAAUCGUUUUGACAGGACAAACCGCUCCUGGAGUGUCCCUUCACGGACCAGUUGGCUCCACUGGAAUUCAUGUUAUCACUGACUCAGGGUAUCCUCAAGGUGGCGUCGGCGUGACCCCUGCUUAUGGAACAAAGAUUGGAGCGAGCCCCGGCCAGGACACUGGUUACAAGACUAACGAGUACCACGACAACGGAGGUCGUGGCACCAUCAAGUUCAACAACGGCGACGUAACCACCAAGUACACAGAGAAUGACAUUCCAGACUACAGACCUGGCGGAAGUGAAAUUCCUCCCGACACUCUUAUUCCUGGAUACAACGUUGCCGGAUCUGGUCAACCAGUCUCGACUGGCUUCACCAAAACAGGGCCCACCAAAACAGGAAUCACGACUGCCUCGUUAGGCGGUCGCGGUAGUUAUGUUAUCAGCGCUGGGCAGACACGUCCCACGCUUAAACCCGACGCCAUAGGCGAGAAAGCGUUCGAUGGUAACGUGGCAGGCUUCACGAAAUCGUCCACUGAGAGCAGCAUCUUCCAAUCGACUCAACCUCUCGACGUGAACUAUGUGGACACCUCUAAGAUUGCAUCAGUACCAACGAAAACAGGUUACACGUACCCUAGACCGAGCAUUCCCUUCGAAACGGGUGUCAAGAAGCCUGUAGGUUCGUUGACAGAAAGUGGUGUCCUGACAGGAACAACACCAACACCGUUCUUGAACGUUGAAGUAUACAAUUCGCCUAAAUUAUUCGGACCUACUGUGACACCUGAAGUCGGUACUUACACCAGCUCUACUGAAGGCUACUAUCCAGGAAAGGUUCCAAGUGGGUUCACACGUGGACCAACACCCACGUCUACGCCUAUCCUUUACACAACUGGUUCUGUAGACGGCUACAAAUCUACUCUCUUCGAGGCUGCUAAAAUGCCUGUGACGCCCACGGUUCGACCGCUGUUCGACAAUGGCUACCAGACUGUUGUAUCCUCGACACCAAUUCCUAUUACCGUGACCAAGAAUCAAUUCGAAGGUGGCAUUCAAACUGGAUCUGUAUCUAGCCAGACCCAGUUUGAUUAUGGCAGAAGAACCUCGCAACAAGGUGGAUUAGUGCAAAAUGGUUAUGUCUCGAGCACCACGCAGCCGUCUGUCUUCGGUGUGCCGUCCACGUACAGCAUCUCCAAGCCGAGACCUUUUGGACCAGCCGCUACUGUCACUGAGCAGCCAGAGAUCAACUAUGUGUCCUCCACGUCUUCGGGUUCGGGAUAUUUCGACUCGAAGAGCUCAUUCGGCCACAGGGUGACUUCUUCCGAUAUUUCGAAACCUCAGACUCAGUACCUGCCAAGCCAGCCUACCUCACCAGCAUUUGGCGUGACCUACACAAGGCCUUUCCCCGACAUCGGCUACCAACAGUCGACACCAAUCCCGCCAACAGGUUCUCCAACAAACGUGGAGAUUUCCAGAAACGAAGUUGACAAGCUGGUCACGAAUUACAGAGGCACUACCAAGUACGUUCCCAGCCAGUACGACAUCUACAAUCAAGGAGUAUCUGGCGCGGAUGUCUCUAGGACACAAGCAUCGUCAGGACUGAGUUACGGCUCAACUCCGACUCUAUUCGGAAAGACGCAGUCGUCGUUCUCCGGUGGAUACCCGAGGCCUACUUCAGUCGUUUCGUACGAGACCACUGCCAAGACCACUGCCGUUGGAAAGGCAAAGGUGAUCGUGAAGUGGAGCGACUUGCAUCCUCUUCUUCUGGGCAAGCUGGGCGCCGAGUGCACCUGCAGAGGCGAUCCUUUCGCAAAUCUGAGAGGUCCAGGUUCUAGGCUGAUCGACUCGUCCAAAGGAAAAGUAGAUCUGGGCAAUUACGAUGACUCCGAGAUCUACGUAGAUCUUGAUCGGGAUGGUUCCUACGAGGACGGUGACUACGACACGACUCACCCAGGACCCGUCAAGCUCUUGCCUCUGGAAACUCCUGCUCCCACUGAAACUGCCACGAUCCAAGAGCCACCUUCUUCAACCUAUCUGCCAAGCGUCAAAUCGUCCUUCAACGUAGGUCUUCGUGGCAGUGUCCCACCAAGCCCCUCCUUAAGCCACGGAUUCAGUGCUAACUUCAGAUCCGGAAAGAGCUUGAGCAAUGCUGGUCCCGCUACUAAUUCCGUUGGAAAGGGUGCGUCCUUCGAUCGAUACGGACCCGGAGGACUCCGAGACUCCGAAGAGGUCCUCGAGGGUGCUACCAACUGCGCCAGACCUGGACUCUUCAGACACCCGAACUUCUGCAACAAGUUCUACGCUUGCCACUGGGACGAGUGGAAGAAGAGGUUCACGCUUCACGUGUUCAACUGUCCCGUGCAUCUCACGUUCGAUAAUGGCGUCAGCGCCUGCAAUUGGCCCAGCAUGGGACCUGCCUGCCAAGACGAUAACCUCUUAGUUUAGAUGAUUCGCUGUCGGUAGAUAGCUGAUCGAUCUCCUCAUUACGGCAUUUUUUACUCUUAUCAGCACUUUCUUUGAAUACUCUGAGUUCGAUUGCACUUUGUGGGUGUCGAAGAUCUUCGCGUAAACCGUUCAGAAACGUGAGAAUCUUUGUCCUCGUGAACCUCUGGUGACUACGUUUUAGACGCGGAGAGAAUGAUCUAUUUUCUUUUUUUAUUCUUCGUUGAUCGUUUUGAGCUAGAAAUGCAAGUGAUUUUGGAACACGUGUUUUCGAAGCGACAAGGCAAGUCGGAAAUCUUUGCAUGCCUGAGCAGAUAACAAUUGUGAUACAGUUCGCAUAUUAGAAAGUCGACUACAUCUUUCAGAUUUUCAGUUGAUAGUUAAGAGGAGAAACCAUGUCCUCGGAACCACUGGCGACGUACUCGUUUUGCAAACGUACUUUCAACUUAUCUACCGAUCGGUUUGACUUUGAAAUGCAACCGGUACAUCCGGUAUAUCUAGAACACGAUUAGCGAUAUUUUUGUAGCAACGUAUCGAGCCUGAAGUUUGAGUAGACUUGAGCAAACGAGACAAUCGCGAUGCUGUUCGAAUAUUGGAAAGUCGUCUUCCAAAUUAUUACUUGUUUCUUCGUGAGAAGAAGUAUCAACCGUACGGAACAAUCUAUUUUUAAAUUAUUCAUCGAUCUUCGAACUUAACAUUGCAAUUUGUAUUGCAUAAUUAACUGAAACCUCACGCGUUCUUCCUUAUUAUAUAAUUUACAACUUUCAAUUUCUGGCUCACAUUACGUGAAUUCGACGAUUUGCCACGAUCCAUUGAAUUCAUCGAUUCGAUUAACAUCGGCUUACGAUUUCUGGCCCAUAUCGUUGAAUUCAUUUCAUUGCACGCAUUAUGUUCUGCUAAAUGCCGAUAGGAUAAGUGUGCCAGAAUGGAAUCGAAGGCCCGCUUACCGCGCACCAUAAUUUACGGCACAGAUAAAAUCCUCUAGCAGAGGUUCGCGUUGGCAAUGAAUCUCGAUUACCGCGAGAUCGACCAGGGAAAUGGAUAUUUGCAUAAAGGUCGGCAGCCUGGCGACAGAACAACGAAGCGUGAGGUAACGUUUAAUUAUAACGAGGUAACGGUUUACGCUUAAUUUCUUCGCAUACCUCCUGGACCCGCGGAACGGGUCGAACAAAGUGCUUCCCGUAGGUGACGAGGAUCAAGACAAAGAAGAAGAAAGAUCCAAGGCGAUCGAGGUACGGGAACGCGAAAGCACACUGUCCAAGAGGUGAAAGUCAAGCUGUGCUCACCGAUCCAAAUCGCAGGAACUCGAUGGCCUGCGCGAUUCGAUGUCGCCAGGAAACAUUGUAAAUAACGUCCCUUGUUCUUGCAAAAUUUGUAAAUACCGACAUUCGAAUAUCUUCAAAACAAAGUCCUUCGAAGUACGAAUCAAUCGAAAAAAAUCGUAGAAGGAGGAAAAUCUCGAUGAAAAAAAGAAAAAAACAAAAACAAAAUCGUGAAAAUUUAAUUUCUUAAGCUAAUCUGGUUGCGAUGACGUUAAUUCGGCGACAGAAUUAAUGAACGAAUGGAUCUGCUCUUUCGACCGAAAUUCCCAUGAUCGUUGUCCGAGCCAUUGGCGAUGUUUGUACAUAUUUAUAGAGCGGAAUGUGCGUCGGUAUCGAUAACGCAGUUUGCAUAACCAAUGUAUCCCCUGAAUUCGUCUACUUUCUUUUCCGGGUUUCUCGCAUAUCCGCCGCACGCGGGCGGCUCGUUUUAACGUUCUUCACUCAAGCUUGCCUUUUAGUUCGUGUUCAUCUUUGUUCCUAUCAAUCCACCACUGUCCCGCUUCUAUUCCCCGACGCAAUGAUUAUUUAUUUACGCCGCUUAUUGCUAGUACCGCGUUGGACGUGCCGUUCUACGGUGACGAUUAUUAGUCGUUUCUUUAUCGACGAACACCCUUUUUCUCGUCCGUGAAUACGUAAGUUUCUCUUGCACAACUUAGGGUAGGAGCUUCGAUAAUCGUGCCAUUUUAUCGCGGUUACUUAAUAAUGUAAUGUUACGAAUUUAGAAUAAAAGUGGAACUGUACAAAAAAUGA